AUGCAUCUGACCUGGUGGAGCAGUUUGCUGGUGAUGCACCAGGCACCAGAAGCUCGGCGGCUGUUUGGAGCCCGAAGUUGGGAAGAAGUGCAAUCUCCGGCGAGGCGCUCAGAUCCUGCACGAUUCCAGGUUGUGGGAUCUGCGCAUCUACGCAGGUGGUUGGCCAUCGGUCUGUCUCUUCGUUGUGAGCAACAAGCAGCCAUGGACAAAGCGGUGGAGGUGCUGAAGAAGCUCCUGGCUGCAGGGGAUGCUUCCUUGGUGGUCGUCGCUCACCUGUCGGACGAGCUGCCCGAACAGCGGUCCAGGCAGCCAGCCUGCAGCAGCCUUGAUUUCAUUUGCUUUACUGUUCGAUGGAUUUGCGGUGUGGAUGACGCGAUUGCGAUCUGCAUGGCCCUGCAGCUGGCGGAGAGGUCAAAUUUCGAGCUUAAGCUCAUUACGACCUGCUUUGGAAAUUGCUCCCUGGAGCAGGUGACGGUCAACGUGGCAAAAUGUCUCGCGGCCGCGAAGCCUGCACAGCGGCCGCUGGUUGCCAACGGUGCUGCGCAUUGCCUUGCUGGCACCGCCAUCGAUGCCAGCCACUUCCAUGGCCACGACGGCUUAGGCGAUGCGCAGACGCCCGAGCCUCCCGCGGAGCUGCUGCCAGCAACCGGGGCUCCAGGAGCGGUUGCUGAGCUGCUGGCCUUGGCUCAGCGGGCGCGGCAAGAGGGCGCAGAUCUGAUCUUGGUCACCCUGGGUCCCUUGACGAAUCUGGCUCUGGCUCUUCGGGAGAACCCGAAGCUUCCAGAAAUGCUCACCGAAGUCUUCGUCAUGGGUUGCUGCGGCAAUGGACGAGGCAACCAUGGCCGUGUUACAGAGUUCAACGUGCAUGCCGAUCCGGAGGCUGCGGCCGAGGUCUUUGCUGCGUCCUGGGAGCGGCUGACCGUGGCAUCCUGGGAGCUGACGGUGCUGGCGACGGUGCCCUGGCAGCGCUUCGACAGGCUGCUGGCCUCGAACUCUGAGGUUGGCAAGUUCCUUGCUGCCAUUGCCCACCUGCCUUAUGUGCAGAAGCGAUCCACCACCUCCUGCAGUCGAGGCCAGCUUGGAUGCUGGGCGAUCCUCGCUGACUCUGGCAGCUGCGCUCGCUGCCCGGUGCCAUUAUCUGCGAUGCGGUGGUCAUGGCCAUGGCCCUCCGCCCCGAGAUCAUCCUGCGAGCAAGUGAGGUGCAUGUGGAGAUAG